AUGACAGUGAACUACACUUACGCCUGUGCCAACUCGACCCUUAGCACGUUCACUCGGCUGCUGUGCCGCUGGAAAGGAAGCAUCUACAAAAUCGUCAUCAAGGACACACUCAUCUUUCUCGCAUUGUACUACGUAUUGCACCUGCUUUACACCUUGGUCCUGAGCGACAGCCAGCAGAAGCUGUUCCACGAUUGGGCUGUGCUCUUCACGGUCGGCAACGAGUUGAUACCAAUCACGUUUGUGUUGGGAUUUUUUGUCUCACAGGUGGCAAAGCGGUGGAUAGAAAGCUUCAUGAAUCUGCCAUGGCCAGACAAGGCCGCGUUCCUUAUUUCUUGCCACAUACCAGGCGAAGACGAGCACUUUAGAAUGCUCAGACGUACGAUGAUCAGGUAUGUCAAUUUAUCGAUGACCAUUGUCCUACGGGACAUAAGCACAGCAGCCAAGAAGCUCAUACCAUGCCAUAGUUUGCAGUUCGCUUCAGGAUUCCUCACUGAACUAGAGCUGCGUGAUUACGAACGUCUUCGAGGCAAGAGUGGCCUCUAUCUCUUCUGGUUACCGUUGCAGUGGGCUGCAACUUUGAUGACCAUGACCAGAAACAAAGGCACACCGAUCAGCGACUACAACUACACGGAGUUAGUGCGCAUAAGGACAAUUUUGGGCCGACUGGUAGUCAUGGAUUGGAUCACUCUACCGCUCGUAUAUACGCAGGUAGUCACAAUAGCCGUGUACGGCUUCUUCGCUAUUUGUCUCAUGUCAAGACAGGUGAUCAAUGAUAAGAGGAGCCUCGAGUACCUCCCGUUUCCCUUUUUCACGAUGUUGCAAUUUCUGUUUUACAUGGGAUGGCUGAAGGUGGCCGAAGUGUUAAUGAAUCCGUUCGGGGAAGACGACGAUGACUUCGAGUAUGUCAACUACAUCAUCGAUCGCAACUUGGAGCUGUCUUACAUGAUCGUCGACGACACCCACAACCAGCUGCCCAAGUUGGUAAUGGACACACAAUGGCUGCAUGCCCCUGCCAUUCCGUACACCCUGGCCGCCAUGAGCUUGAAACGUGCCCCGUUUAAACCGUCAGCCGCUGGCCUCGAGUACGUCGCUUGUCAUUUGUUUAACGGAUUAGUCGGACGAUCGCGCACUGUAAUAAUCUGCCUGAUAUCAACUCACCAAAAAUGCUCAAGAAGACAGCUGACUUGGGGCACAUCGACUUGCGUUUGGUGCCUGCCCACAUUAGGGCAGGUGGGGUGA